AUGACUUCGAUAAUGAAUUUUGCCAACGAGCCAGUAGAUGAAACUGGCCAUCUCUUACGAAGAAUCCGACUGAAUCCAGAAGUUUCUGACGCAUUUUUGACACAUUAUCUAAAAUCCAAUGUCCUACCCAACCAUCUGCCAUUGUGUCGUUAUGCUGUGAGUUUGGCUUUGAUAUUGUGAUGGAAUACGGGGUUCUAAGUCGUAUUUUACAAAAAAUAGGUCGAAAUUUGAAAAAUUGUUUUGAUGGAAUUGAAGAGGAGGGCCUGUUGUAGCUUAUAAUUUUUGUCUGAGGUCAUUUGCAUUGAUCUAAAGUUUUUUAUGAUCGAUUUUAUAUUAACCACGAGGUUGGUCUCAAGGAUAAUAAAAUUUUUGAUCGUUUUGUUGACUUUCUUUGAAUUUUUAGGAUAAUUUGAUGAUUCUAAAUUAUCAUAAGAUUCUUUUUAGCUGAUAAACAAACGUGCUCAAAAUUUGUUGGCCAAGAAAGUGGAUAAUCUUUGCUUGGAGCACUUUAACUUUGACACGUUCGCCUUUCAUCUCACCAAGAUCUCAGCGCCAACAAUUUGGGUGUCAGUUGAAAAGACUGUGGCUCUACUCCGUCUACUGUAUCCUCAAAACGUUUUCUACCAAACGUCGGCCGAUGGAUCCGUCUCAUUGACCAACGAGCUGAUCCAACUCUUGAAGGGUAGUGUAAUAUCGUUGGUACUCAAGAACGCCUAUGUAUCUACGAUGUGGGAGAGUACGGUGAACUCGCUGAUGUUUUUGAGGGAAUUCAGUGAUACUGUGAAGGAAUUACGAUGUGAUCCACGUUUCUUGGGCUUUGAAAUGGUGCCUAAAAUGAAGUUACAAGAGUAUCGACCUCAAGUUAGUGAUGCUGAUUUGAUGGAAAUGGACCAACGAGUGCCGGAGGGUAGUCGAGCUGGAUUUGAAACUGGUAAGGAUGGGUUGGAAAUUGCUGAGAGGAAGAGGGUAUUGCUUUAUUUAGGUCUAAAAGUUUUUUUUUCAUACCUAAACAUAUAAAUUUAUAUUCUCAUAGGUGAACAUAUAAACUUAUAUGUUCAUAACUAAAAAUAUAAACUUAUAUGCUCAUACCUAAACAUACAAACUUAGAUGCUUAUACUUGAACCCACAAACUUAUAUUCUCAUACCUAACCUCACAAAAUUUUUAGAAAUUCUCCGCUGUACCCUCCGCCACAACAUUGAUACCCUCGAUUUGGAUGCGGAUUCGAAGCCCUUCUUCUCCGUCGAUCCCCGAAACCCACCAAUCGCCCCGAACCACGACCUCAAAACUCUCAAAUUCCACUGUUCCAGUGCCCAAACCCUCCGGGCUUUCGACUUUUUCCGUCGUUUCAAAUGUGUCGCACCCAACCUGGAAACAUUGGACGUUGAGUUCGGGACGAAACGCGAAUUCUCUACCGAAAUCAGUGCCAAAACUUACACGUUCUGGCUUCAAAUCAUGAAUUUUGUGAAAGAGGCCCAAAUGCAACACUUCCGAAUCCGGGCAUCGCUUUGUUUCGUCAACGACGAUGAGGUCGAGUUGGAUUGGAUGCGGAAGGUGAACAAGAUGCUGGAUGGACGUGUGAAGGUGUGUCGUGAGGGGCUGUAUUAUUGUGACGAGUUCGCUGAGGUCGAGCUACGGGUGGCUGAAAGCGAGAACAGCAAGAUGAUGCCCGUGGAGCACGAGAUUCAAAGCGAAAAGGAUGGGUUUGUCUACUAA